AUGCAAGCCUUCAAUAUUAAGAAGGAGUUGGCAAAUAAGUCCAAAGAGGUUACUGGCUUGCAGAGGGCCAUUAACAAGGCUGAGGGCAAAAUGAAGGCUUUGAUAGAUCAGGAUGAGGCAGCCAAGAAAGCUCAGGACGAGGCUAAGGAAAAGGCAGAUGCUGCAGAGGCCAUUGCAAAGGACGAGCUCCGGGCUGCCCUGGCCACAAAAGAAAUCGAGAUCAAAGCGGCUGAUGAAAAGGCAUACGCCGAGGGGGCAGCCGACGUCAAGGAGGAUUACAAGAAACAAGUCAGGCAGGCAUGCUACAAGGGCUAUACCCUUGGUUGGAUGGCUGCUCUGAAGGUGUUGGCUGUCCCUGAGGACUCCGCUCUCAGGAAUGCUAGCAGCCUUGCCCUGCCGUUCUCACUUACUCCAAGCCAGUUUGAGGACAAAGCUGAGUCCGAGGAGGAGGCUGAGGAGGAGGCUAAGGACAAAGAGACCGAGAAGGUCGAGGCUGCAGGGACCAAGUCCCCAACUCUGAAUGAGCAAUUCCUGGACUUGACUCAUGAUGAGGAGGACGAGGUCUCAAAGGGUGCCUCUGCCGUGAAGACAUCAUCUGAGGCGCCUAUCGCUGAGAAGAGCCUCGACCAGACUCUUAAAGAGAUCGACGUCGAGCUCGCGGCUGAGAAGGCCGCCGAGAAGAGUUUCCAGAUGUCCUCUAAGCCCUAG